AUGGCCAACUACGAUGUUGAAUCUACCACUACGCCAGAGUCGAAAGUCAAGCUUGAGGGGGACGAGAACGCAAUCCUUGGGAUGCCAGAAGAAGGCACUAUCAUAGACAGCUACGUCGCGCCUCAAUCCUUGAAAGGCUUUCUCAAGAGCUUGGCCACUGCCGGUGUUGAGCUGCGUGGGCUUGAGCCGGUGCCGCUUCAAGAGAGAACGCAUACUAAGUACUAUAAUAUCUUCACGCUGUUCGGUGGAAGUUUUAUUUCGUUGCUGCCAAUCUCGAUCGGCACAACGCCGACAUUGGUGUUUGGCCUCUCGUUCCGUCAUGCUGCAGCUAUGAUCGUGACAAUGCAGUUUAUUUUCAUUCUGCCUACGCUUUACAUCCUAACCCUUGGUCCGCUGCUGGGCAUGAGACAGUCUGUCCAGUUUCGAUAUGUCUUCGGGAAGUACCCAAAUAUAUUCUUCUGUUUGAUAGUCAUCAUUGAGAUUGGCAUCUUUGGUAUUCUAGCCGCCGUUGGAGGGGCUGAAUGCUUGUCCGCAAUCAGACAAAACACUCUCCCGAUAGAAGGGGCUAUCAGCCUUAUCAUGGCCGCGGCAAUCGUGAUCGGCUUCUUUGGAUACAGAUGCCUUCACCUCGUCUGUCAAUACAUCUGGAUUCCAAAUACGAUUUGCAUCUUGGUCCUAGUCGGAUGCGCCAGUAAAGGUCUGCACAACCAAGUAGUUCCAGAGUCAACAGGUAGUGCGGGUCCAUAUUUGUCAACCCUGGCGAUCUGUGCUGCAAAUAUGGCUACUUGGGGGACGAUCGUCGGCGAUUACUCGUGCUACAUGCCUCCCACCGCCCCAAGGAUGCGGUUGGCGCUGUACUGCUUCUUAGGCUUGUACGUUCCCUUCACUUGUAUGAUGUUGUUUGGCGCUGCCAUUGGUGGUGCGAUACCCGCGAAUGAGACGUGGCUGGUGGCGUAUGGAAAAGGAAGUUUCGGUGCAGUUUGUGCCGAAAUCCUGAUCUCGCGGGUGGGAAACUUCGGCCGCUUCCUCUUGGUCCUUCUGGGUUUCUCGAUCGUCACUACCUCAGCACGAGAUAUGUACAGCAUCUCGAUCUUCGUUGUUGGAGUGGUUCCUUGGUUGCACAGGGUUCCACGCAUUUUCUUGCUGUUGCUGGUUGCCGGGGCCAUGAUCGGAGUUGGAAUUGCAGCUUCUCGCUCCUUCCUGCCCAGUCUGAGCGCCCUGGUCAGCAUUGCAGGCUACAUCACUGGCCCAACGAUCAGCGUAUUCUUGGUGGAGUGGUUCUUGUUCCGCAAAACCAAUCCUGCAAGCAUGGAUCCGGUAAUUUGGAAUAACAGCAAAGCCCUGCCAUCUGGACUCUCGGCACUGAUUGCAUGUACCGUCCCAUGGGUGCUAAUCGUUCUCUCGAUGGCAACAACAUGGUAUGUGGGGCCUAUAGCCAGGAAAGUUGGAGAUCUGGCAUAUGAACUCAGCGCGGCAUCGUCGGUUCUGUUGUAUAUUCCGUUGCGGGCAGCGGAGAUCAAGUAUAGAGGCCGAUUGUAA